AGUUUCGGAAUCCUUGCAUUUUGCAAGCAAAAUGAAAAUAAACAUUUACUGUCAAAUUUGACAAUUGUGAUGUGUCUUUUCGAUAAAUCAUGAUUGAAGUUCCCACCGAAGCAUCAGCAUUUCUGCUUGCUGUAGUUUUUUGUUUAAUUUUAUUGGUGUUGUUCUACUUGUAUAUGACAAAAAAUGCAUGUUUUGCUACAAUUGGAGGAUUUCCGUGUUGUGACAAACCUUUGGGUGAUAACCAGCCUGCAACUAAAGAUUUAGGUAAUGCUUUUCAAUAUGAGGAAGUGGAUUCUUCCACAGACAGUGAAGACGAAGUUUUGCAGCGAUUUCAACAGUCUUCCAGUCUUUAUAAUGGCUUGCGUAAAAUAAGUAGUGGUGACAACUGUGAUGCGGAUGGAGGGAAUAUAAUAGAAAAUCAUGAGACACACCGCAGCUUAUUUCCUUCUUCUUUAACACCGUACAAUGGAUCUUCCAGUCACUUGAAAGUGUCUGAUUCAAAUAAAAGAGGAAGUCAUGAUCCAAUAUCUAUGCUUGAGAAGGGAGGAGUGGGGAAAUCAGGAAGUACUGUUUCCUUCUCCAGUGAGGCCAGCGAAAGUGAAGAAACACCAGAUGAUGGUCAGGCUGUAAUACAGCCACUCUUAGAUAGCCGUACAACUCAGCAGUAUGAGAAUAGUGCCUUCCAAACAGCUGAUCAUUCUCCUGCUGCUUCAAAUGAUACAUUUUCCGCUUGUGGAGAUUCUGUCAUGGAAGAUCAGAUCUUUGAUGUGAAUGAUCUUCAAUGCAAUAUUGAAGAACAAGAGACCAGUAGUGCUGUUCGUUGUGGCUCUCUUGAAGUUGGGUUCGCUUAUGAUUCUCCGUUGAAGAAAAUGACAGUUCAUGUUCUUCAAGCUCAAGAUUUACCUGAUAGAGAGAGAGGAGGCUCAAAUCAUGUUCAAGUUAGACUUCUUUUGUUACCCCACAAAAGGCAAAAGUUCAAAACUAAAAUCAGAACUGGUUGCAAGCCACAAUUCAAUGAGAGUUUUAUCUUUAAUCGAAUAUCCCCAGAGGAGCUAAAUGGCAUGGGUGUGCGUUUUCGUUUAAAUGGAUGUGAACGCAUGAGAAGGGAACAUUUAAUUGGAGAAUGCAUAGUUCACUUUUCAUCAAUUCGAAUGGAUCAGCAAACAACUCUAUGGCUUACUUUGGAACCAAGAUCAAACAUAACACAUUCAGAUUCAAGGGCAGAUAUCACAAGUCUGGCCAGAAGUGAUAGUACGGGAUCUACUCAAUCCAUGCAGCAUGGUGGGCUGCCAGAACUCCUUUUGGGAUUAGCAUAUAAUGGAACAACUGGACGGCUUUCUAUUGAAGUUAACAAAGGCAGUCAUUUUCGAAAUGUCUCGAUGAACAGAGCUCCAGACACUUACGUAAAGCUGUGUUUAGUAUCUUCAAAUGGACAAGAGCUUGCUCGAAGUAAAACAUCUGUACGUCGAGGUCAACCAAAUCCACUUUUUAAAGAAACCUUCAUUUUUCAAGUUGCUUUAUUCCAACUUCCUGAUGUCACUCUCAUGAUAUCCGUUUAUAACAAGCGAAGCAUGAAGCGCAAAGAAAUGAUUGGCUGGUUUUCUCUUGGAUUGAACAGCAGUGGUGAUGAAGAACUUGCUCACUGGAAUGAUAUGCGAGAAAACAGAGGUGAACAAGUAUGCCGAUGGCACGUGCUUUUGGAAACUUAAUGGCUAUUGCAAAAUUUUUUCCAAGCAAUUUUUAUCUCACCCCACUAACAGGUUUCCGGCUUUUAACGGUUUCUGGCCUGUUUAAUGUGAAUGUUGAUGUUGAUGGGCACUUGAAGCUUUCUGCCGUGAAGGCAAUGUCACCUGGCCAACACCAUUUUCUUGAAGCAGAACCUUCCCUUGUGUCGCUUUCUUAACACCAUUGUUGGUAAUUGUUGGCUCUCUCUUGGCACUACAUCUUCCUCAGAUAUAGGGGAUAAAAAAAAAACCUACUUUGCGAAAAACAUUGAGAGCCAACUUUCCCUUUUUGAAAUUCAUUAAUCUAGCGCCUUUUCAUUAAGUUUCCAUUGGUAGUUUGCACUUGUUAAGAGCUGUUUGUUACCACUGUAACCCUUGCGCCAAUUGUAAUCUGUCUGAAAUAUUUGUAGAAAAUGUUUGAUGUUUAACUUAUUUUUUGUUUAUACUAAAACACUUUAAUGUUAUUUUUUCAGAUAUAAUUUUCUAAAACGUGGUUUCUGCACGUUAAGAAAAUUUAUAUUUAAAAAAAAGAGAAAAAAAAGCUGGGUAUUUGAGUUUAUAAGUUAAGAAUCUCAGAAAUUAUUUUGAAAUAAGUAUUUAACAAUACUUAUUACUGAUCUCGUAUUUUCAUCGGAGGAUAAUAUUAUAACAUACUUGUUUAGUUUCCUGAUAUUUUCAUUUUUAAUGUUUUUAAAUUGAGAAUGUUUUUGCCAAAAUCAACGUAGAUUGUAUUGCAAUCAUUCAAAUUUAUGUGAUAAAAUUCAUCUUAAAAAAACUUCAGGAAAAAGUUUUAUUGAAAAAAAAAGCUAUUAAGAAACUUGUUGAAGUAGCAAACUGUAUUUUUAGUUUGCAGUUUUAUAUUUAUGUUUAUUUAUUGAAGUGUUCUUUAUGUUACAUGAGUUUAUACCAACGUUAAUUUUUCUUGUUUUUUUAUAUUUGAUUAUUGUUUAAUGUGUACAUAAAUAUAAAUAAAUGUAUUAUUUUGAAUAAUAUAUCAUUAAGAUGUGAUUUUGUUAAAAUUGCACUAUUAUUUCUGAUUAUGAUUGUUAAACCCUUUGAGUGUAUUAAUAUGCUGAAUAAGGGUGAAUGAAAUUUUGCAAUCAUUUCAUACCUUCAUUUAUGUUUUGUACUUAAUAUAAUAUCAUUACUUUCACAUCUCAAAACUGAUUAAAAAUAUUCAAAAAAUAAAAUAAUUUAGGAACAUCUAAAAAAAGCAAAGUGCUUCUUAAAUAUUUGAUUUUUUUACUUUUUUAAAGUUUCAGAUUUGUAAAAUAUGUUUUGUUGAAAUGGAUAAAUAAAUUCUCAAAUAAUAAAGUAAAGAAUAUCCUAUAUGAGUGAAAUACAAUUGUUGUGAAAAUCUGGUGUGAAUUUGAAUCUGUAUGAAAUUCUAAAAGAAUUUAAUAUGUAGAAAUAAUAUUGACCAUAAUGUGUAGACUCAUAAUAAUACUGAUAAAAAAAUCACAGAAAAAAAUAUCUAAAGUUCAAGUUUGUUAUGCACAUACUUUUGAGUUUUUAUAAUUAUUCUACUUAAUCUGGAAAAGUAUUAAUUUCUGGAUAUUUUCCACAUUCAAAUUUUUAUAUGAAUGAAUUGUAUGAAACAUAUUACAGUUUUUACUGACUAGGUUAAUUUGUACAUCAAAUUAAAUUUUUAGUCAAGUACAUUAAAAAUCAUUUUUUUUGCGAGAUUUUAGCAAGGUUCUGGCAAAACUUAAGCUUAUAUGAUCCUGAAAUUAAAAGUUAAUUACUUUAAUCUAAUUCUAAAUUUAGCCUGCUUUAUAAUUUUAAUAAUA